CGCUGCCACUACUGCAUUACAUUCAAACAUUGUACACAUGAGGAUUUUAGAUGGCUCAACAGCGCGUAUUUGCUUAAAGAAAAAACAGUUUGGAGUUAUUCACACUGGACAUGACGAUAGUCUCCAAAAUAGAGGUAUGAAGUGAAGACGACGAAGGCAAGUCAGUAGAUAUUAGCUAAUUUUGUAGAUGACUGCAUCGUUAGAAAGUAGCACCAACUGUUUGAAAAUAGCAAGAUUCCCGGCUUGGCAGCAGGUUUUCGUACUGACGGAUAUCGUACGUCUUCAACCACUGUGGACUGCCACACAAAUUAAAUGAGUGUACACUUUGUGUGUCGUUAUUUUCUCCUAAAAAGUGUUAGAACAACUAUAUAGCCUCGUUCCAUUGGGGGUGUGCAGAUAUUAGCAACAUGCCCCUGUCAGACUUUCUGGACGGCCUGAAGGACAACCCAUACUUUGGAGCCGGGUUUGGACUAGUUGGGGUCGGGACAGCGUUGGCAGUGGCCAGGAAAGGUGCCCAGGUGGGAAUGGUCUUCUUCCGCAGGCACUAUAUGAUCACUCUGGAGGUCCCCAGCAGGGAUAAGAGCUACCACUGGCUGCUGAGCUGGAUCACCAAGCACGCCAGGCACACCCAGCACCUGAGCGUGGAGACUUCCUACCUGGCACAUGAGAGUGGACGGGUUCACACACAGUUUGACUUCCACCCAAGUCCUGGGAACCACAUCAUCUGGUAUGGGAGGAAGUGGAUCAGGGUGGAGAGGACCAGAGAGAAGCAGAUGGUGGAUCUGCACACUGGAACCCCGUGGGAGUCUGUAACCUUCACUGCUUUAGGCAGAGACAGACAAAUUUUCUUUAAUAUCUUACAAGAAGCAAGAGAACUGGCCCUGAAGCAGGAGGAGGGACGUACAGUGAUGUACACAGCCAUGGGUGCUGAGUGGAGGCCCUUUGGGUUUCCACGGCGACGCAGACCCCUCAGCUCCGUUGUCCUGGAUGUAGGCGUGGGUGAAAAGAUUGUAGAUGACGUGAAGGAGUUCAUUGGAAACCCCAAGUGGUACACAGACAGAGGCAUCCCCUACAGAAGAGGAUACCUACUGUAUGGACCUCCAGGGUGUGGAAAAAGCAGCUUCAUCACGGCACUGGCAGGCGAGCUGGGCUAUAGCAUCUGUCUGAUGAGUCUGAGUGACCGAUCCCUUUCAGAUGACCGUCUGAACCACCUCCUGAGUGUGGCACCGCAGCAAAGCAUCAUACUGUUGGAGGAUGUAGAUGCAGCUUUUGUCAGCCGAGAACUGCUUCCUACAGAGAACCCUCUGGCCUACCAGGGAAUGGGAAGACUGACUUUCAGUGGCCUGCUUAAUUCUCUUGAUGGAGUGGCUUCAUCUGAGGCCAGAAUAGUUUUUAUGACCACCAACUUCAUUGACAGGUUAGACGCGGCACUGAUCCGACCCGGCCGUGUUGAUCUCAAGCACUACAUUGGUCACUGCACUCACUGGCAGCUCUCACAGAUGUUCCGCCGGUUCUACCCAGACGAGCCUGCCUCUGAAGGAGAGCGGUUUGCAGAGCGCGCUUUGGCCGCCCACUCUGAGAUCAGCGCUGCUCAGGUGCAAGGACACUUCCUGCUGCACAAAAUGGACCCUGCAGGAUCUAUAGACAAUGUUGCCCAAAUAAAAGAAUGACAGGACUGGACGAUGUUUAGAGACUAAAUAAAGAGAAACACGAAAACAUUAGGAAGUCAUUUUUGCAUUUCCUGUUGAAGUUAUGGUAUUGCACUUAUGUAUCAGUGCCACAGACUGUAUAUGCAGUAUGUGAUUGAUACCAAAUAAAUACAUUUAUGUUCUGU